CCAUGAACGGCGGCUUCACGCCGCUGAUCGUCGCGUGCCACUUCGGCCACGUCGAGGUCGCCAAGCUCCUCUCCUCCUACGGCGCCUCCCGCGCCGCAGUGCCGCCCUUUGGCACGCCCGAGGAGAUUGCGAACCGCCGCGGCCACGCCGACCUCGCCGCCUGGCUGGUCGCCAGCCGCGGCUGGACGCCGCUCGCGCACCUUGAGAGCCUCACCGCCGCCCGCGCUCUCUCCCUGCUGCGCAGCGGCGCAAGCCUGCACGAGGGCGAGCCGACGCCGCUGCAGCGCGCCGCGGGCGGCGAGGGCGAGGCGGCGGCGCUGAUCCGGCGGGCGGCGGCGCCGUGGUCGCCGGCAAGCCACUCGCUCUUCCCCGCGGCGGCGCGCGAGUACGCGGUAACGGUCAUGCGCAUCGGCUACCAGAUCGCGCUCUCUCCGCCCGACGACGCCGAGGCGCACCCGGACUGGAGCGCGCUGUCCGACGUGUGGCGCGAGCACGUGCUGCCGCACGCGGUGGCGCGCUGAGGCCGAGUGAGGACGCGAGUGCCACGCGGCGGCGCUGGUCCGGCGGGCGGCGGAGGCGGAGGCGGCGGAGGCGGAGGGGCAGGCAGUGUCGGAGCUCCGCGCUGCAGCGCCUCGCGCGGGCGAGAUCGACGCCUUGGACGAGGAGCUGUCGGCGCUCGGCGCCUCGCCUCGCAGCGCUUGAGGUUGCCGAGGCGCCGGCGGCCGCUGCUCAGACGGCGGCAAUGGCAGUGGGCGAGGCUGAACUACUCAUGUGCG